GGAAUUUUGUAAAAAAUUUACUGUUAACGAAAAAAAUGCCAAACGAAAUCAAUAACCCAAUUCACAUUCCUCAAGUAACUGUACAGUCGGACUGGGUGGAAGUGAUUUCCGAUGUUCUUCGUGGAACAGUUGUUUCCGAGUCUUUUUGGGUGUCGUGUUAUCGUAAAGGAUCCGCGUCAAUUCAUGGGUCUGUUCAGGUUAAAAAAAGCUUUGUUGAAUCUCAUUCUGUGGAACUCACUGGAAAGGAUGGUAUUGUAGUUGAAAAAAUAACCAAUUAUUCUUUUUAUGUUUCCUGUGGGGAACUCGGAAUUACAAAAACAAUUAUCAAAGGAACAAAAGCUACCUUUAAGAUACAUAAUUCUGCUAUCAAAUCAAUGGAUAUUUCGCCUGGUGGUGGAUUAUUCGUUACUGGUGACAAUGACGGAUUACUGAAAGUAGGUGACACAAGUGAUGGGAGUGUAAGGAGAGAAUUGAAAGGGCACGUUGCUGAUAUUACUACUUGUCGUUUCUUUCCUUCCGGGCAAGUGAUACUAAGUGGUGCAUCAGAUUUUCAAUUACGAAUUUGGUCAGCAUUGGAUGGAAGUAAUCCGGUUACUUUUAAAGGACACACUAAAGGGGUGACCGACUCAGCCAUAAUAGACAAGGGCAGAAAUGUUCUGUCCUCAGCACGAGAUGGGACUAUUCGAUUAUGGGAAUGUGGUUCGUCUAGUAUUAUACGUACUAUGGGAAAUUAUACCUGUGCUGUCAAUAAGAUUGCUAUAGGAUUGUUUCCUUCUGAAUCCAUUAUCGAAAGAAAAUCUAACAGUGAAAUGGAUUCACGUGAGGUAGCAACAGAUGAUAAGCUCGUAAUAUGCGUGUUAGAAGAUGGUAGUAUUAAUGGAAUUGAUCUAAUGAGCAAGGAAGAGGCAUUCACCACAAAGUCGUAUCGAAAUGUACCUUUGCACUCUUGCGCCUAUUCAUCCAAACAUAACCUUUUCGCUGUCGGAUCUGCUGAAGGGGUUAUUGAAGUUUUUGAUAUUCGGAAUAUAAAUAGAGAUCUGUUUGCAAUUCAAAGAAAUGAUUCAGCAAUCUAUGAUUUGGUUUUCAUCGAAGAGACGGGUGACCUUUUAAUUGGUCAAGGUGACGGUUCUGCAUUCCAAAUUCCGACCGUCUUGACAAGCAAUAUCUCUCAAGCGUCACAAGAAUUUAUCGGUUUUGAUGUGGAUCCAAUAUAUUCUAUUCGAGAAAUAAAUAAUGGGAAGUUUAUAUAUGCAGCUGGGAGAGAUGGGAGUUUAAGAGGAUUUUAAUUAUUACAAAAUAUUUAUGUUUAACAAUUAAUUGAAUUAUGCAAUUAUUACUAGCGAAAUAUGAAAUCUUCACUUUUUUCUAUUUUCAUGCUUCUCAGAAACAGAGUUAUAUAUGCUUAUAUAUUUUAUGAACUACUUCCAAAAUUAAUUCUCUAAUAUUUUUAAAUAUAUUUAAUCUUUACUAUCUUUUCUAUUAAUCAUGUCAAAGAUUGAAAUUCUCAAGCAAUAUAUUUAUCAAGAAAAAAGUUAAUUCACAUGGAUGUUUCCAUUCUUACAAAUUUGAUUUAUAUCAUCCUUUUGGGAAUUCUUUAAAUUUGACUUAUAUUCAAAAUUUUAAAAGUUAAUUAAAUCAUUACCAUCUAAUAAUAUUAAUAGCUUUUAUACA